CCCACGUGACCGGGCAGCGCCCACGUGACCGCGCGCGCGGCGGAGCGAUGGCGGUGGGGUUGGGGGGGUUCCUGCUGCUGCUGGGGCUCGCGGCACGCGGGCCGGCGCCCGCCGCUGCCGCCAAGAUGAAAGUGGUGGAGGAGCCCAACGCGUUCGGGCUCAACAACCCGUUCCUGCCCCAGACCAGUCGCCUCCAGCCGAAGAAGGACCCUUCACCCGUGUCUGGGCCCGCGCACCUCUCCAGGCUUUCCGGCAAGUGCUUCAGCCUGCUGGAGUCCACGUACAAGUACGAGUUCUGCCCAUUCCACAACGUGACGCAGCACGAGCAGACCUUCCGCUGGAACGCCUACAGCGGGAUCCUGGGCAUCUGGCACGAGUGGGAAAUCGUCAACAGCACCUUCCGGGCCAUGUGGAUGCGCGACGGUGACUCGUGCCGCACCCGGAGCCGGCAGAGCAAGGUGGAGCUUACCUGUGGAAAAAGCCACCGCCUGGCCCACGUGUCCGAGCCGAGCACUUGUGUCUACGCACUGACGUUUGAGACGCCUCUGGUCUGCCACCCACACUCGUUGUUAGUGUACCCUGCGCUUCCCCCGGCCCUGCAGCAGCGGUGGGACCAGGCGGAGCAGGACCUGGCUGACGAGCUCAUCACAGUACAGGGCUACAGCAAGGUGCUCCGGGCACUUUUUGAGGACGCCGGCUACCUACGGCCUCUAGAAGAAGGAGAGUCAGCGCAGGAAGGAGCGGUCAAGGACCCAGUGUUCCAGACCUUAGAGAGCUGCAGUGAGGCGCACAGAGAGCUGGUGAAGGAGCUGCGGAGACUGCAGAGUGUGCUGACGCAGCACGGCAUCCCCUACGCCAGGCCCGCGGGAACUCCCAGCUCCGAGCACGUGGGCCCCAAGACACCCACAGACGGGACAGCAGAGCAGCUACGAGGUGACCCAGGACUGCGUGGGAACACCUUGUGACCCGAAACAGGCCAAGGGCAGCCCUAGACCCGCGGGGAGGGGGGCAGGAAGGAGCCGCUUCCUCUGGGGCCCGGGAGGGACUCAGGCUCGGCUCAGAGAGGCAGACAGAAUAAAGACUCAAAGUUUUAAUUAA